UGCCAUCGGUUUUUCUAUGGCAUUUGGCUCGAUGUUCAGUAAGACAUGGCGAGUACACAAAAUAUUCACCCAUUCAACGAAGAUGAAAAUGAGGGUGAGGGAUCAGUGGCUGCUCAUCAGCGUGGCCGUUCUCAUCACACUGGACGCUGCGAUCCUGAUUCUAUGGGAGAUCAUUGAUCCAAUAACAGUAACGGAACAACACGGAACCAAAGUUAUUGAUGAGGACAAUGACGACAUCGUGUACACCCCAAUUCGUACGACGUGUGAAUCAAUCCAUCAGAUUUACUGGAUUGGGGCCUUCUACGUCAUCGAUGGUCUACUUCUAGUAUUUGGAGCUUUCCUAGCCUGGGAGACCAGAAAAGUAUCCAUCCCGGCACUCAACGACUCCAAAUACAUAGGCAUCUGUGUUUACAACGUCCUGAUUCUAUCGUUUAUCUGUGCUCCGGUAUCCUUCGUUCUAGAAGAGCGCAACGUCAACUAUGUCUUGGUGGCGACUACAAUCUGGCUUGCAACAACGCUUACACUGUGUGUUGUAUUCAUACCAAAGAUUAAAAUGCGCAACGAGGUUCAGCCAGCCAGAAAUCAACUAGUCACGACGACGCGACCGAGCACGAUUCUCACGGGAGAGAAUUCCAAAACGGACUCCCAGACUGAAGUACAGCACCUCCGUAAAGAAUUACUACGCUACAGAAGUAACUGCAGGUGUUCGACACCACUUGAUCAAGGGAAUGAGCCAAGCUUCGUCCAAAGCACGUCCGCAUGGGGGAAUACAGAACGCUCAGACGUAGGCGUGGCUCCAGCUGGUGUGAAGAAACAAAACAACUCAACGUAAAUGUAAUGUCAGUUAGAUAUUUAUCCGUCAUUUAUUUCGUUAAUGUCCUGUGUCUAAUUUCAUAGAAGUGCUUAUAAGCACGAAAAGUAGCUUAACACAACAAAAUGAUGCUUACCAGAAUAAGGUUACCAGGCAUUGCAU